AAGCGAUGCGUAACUUUGCGCCAGGCCAUCGAUUCUCUCUGAGCAGCCACAUAUAUCAAUGGUGAAAAACAAACGACACAAGCAUUUGCUUUCAGCAGGUGGUAAAACAGGAAACGGACGGAAUGAACAUCACAGAGGUGGAAGAACACAUUACCUUAAAAUACGAAAUCAAGAGAAGACUUGGGAAAGGGGCAUAUGGAAUUGUUUGGAAGGCGGUGGACAGAAAAACAGGGGAGACCGUUGCGGUGAAGAAAAUCUUUGAUGCCUUUAGGAAUCGAACAGAUGCUCAGAGAACCUUCAGAGAAAUUAUGUUCCUCCAGGAGUUUGGGGAUCAUCCUAAUAUAAUUAAAUUACUGAAUGUCAUUAGAGCCCAAAAUGACAAAGACAUUUACCUUGUGUUUGAAUUCAUGGACACAGACCUACAUGCAGUAAUAAAGAAAGGCAGUCUAUUAAAAGACAUCCAUAAGCGUUAUGUCAUGUACCAGCUUCUUAAAGCAACAAAAUACCUUCAUUCAGGCAAUGUAAUUCAUAGGGACCAAAAGCCAUCCAACAUCUUACUAGACUCAGACUGCUUUGUAAAGCUGUGUGACUUUGGCUUGGCAAGGUCCUUGUACCAGAUCCAAGAGGAUGCUGUGAACCCUGCCUUGACAGAGUAUGUGGCAACACGAUGGUACAGGGCCCCUGAAAUUCUCUUGGGAUCCAGUAGGUACACAAAAGGUGUAGACAUGUGGAGCAUAGGUUGCAUUCUGGGAGAGAUGCUCCUGGGCAAGCCUCUCUUCCCCGGGACGUCUACCAUUAAUCAAAUAGAAAAAAUCAUGAGCGCCAUUCCACAUCCUUCUACAGAGGAUGUGUUGGCUAUCAGAUCGGAGUAUGGGGCUUCUGUGAUUCAGAGAAUGCUGCUUAGACCGCCGGUGACAUUAGAUGAAAUUCUGCCGGCACCGGUGCCACCUGACGCCCUUGAUUUAGUGCAGCGCCUGCUGGUUUUCAAUCCAGACAAGAGACUCAGUGCAGAGGAAGCUCUGCAGCACCCUUACGUGUCCAAGUUUCACAACCCAGCCAGAGAGCCUAGUUUGGUCUAUAAUGUCAUUUUGCCAGUGGACGAUGAUAUCCAGCUCUCCGUCGCUCAGUACAGAAACAAACUCUAUGAGAUGAUCCUGGAAAAAAGGGCCAGUCGUCAGAUGCACAGACAACCUCAUUUCACACAGAAAUCAGAAGAGAAGACUACAGGAGUGAAUGGGGACAGAGGAAUGGAAAAAAGCAAUGAAACAGGUGCUGGAUCUCAAAGUGAAGGCAAGCGUGGCGUGGAUGGAGACCAUGACAGGAAAUCACCUAAUGACAAGAAGAGCUCUAAUGGUACCAGAGCAGCUGUUGCGAAACCUCUCAGUAGGCCUGAGCAAACACUUUCAGCUCCUGAAAGCACCAGCCCAGCAGUGAGCCCCUCUGUGGCCAAAACCUCUUAUAACCCCAUCACACACAUGCCCAAUGGUUUAGUCAAACAGCACCACUACCCAGCUCAUUCUCAGAAAAUUGGGAGAAAUCAGGAGACUGGAGGUGUACUGUCUGCAGAUGGUGCUAAUGGGCCUGUGGUUGUAGACCAGCGAGGUCGCUCCGCCCCUGUGGCACGUACAAACUCUUUCUCUCUCACACUAGCACAGCCCCAAAAUAAUCCCCUGCUUCGCAAAGAUGAACCCAUUGUUUCCCCUGGGUUAUGUGUCACCUCUGCUCGCUUGAACCAGCGCUCUAAUUCGCAUUCACGUGAUGCCAAGCUUCCUCCGAGGUUCAGCAAGAAGGUUUUCCAGGGCAAUUCAAAUGUGUCUGCUGCUGGCGAUCCUCGCGCCAAACUAGGCAGUUAUUCUCAGGCAUAUGGGACUAUCAGCAAAAGCGGACUAGACAAUCUACUUAGGAAAUAAGUGGAGAAAUCAAAAGGCAGGCAGACGGCCAUUGGAAUCUCCCAGAUCGAAUAGAAAUAGUGGAUUUCACAUGACAAGAUAAUUAUCAUCAUCACAUGCUCUGAAGAUUAUCGCCACUGUGGAAAUCCCAGAUUAGUGCUGCCAAUAAUUUGUUAUUUCUGAUCAGUUGAAAUCCAGGUGUCAACUUGUUUGUAAAUAUGUGGUGAAAACAUUUAUUAAAUGUGUAGAGAACAUCUU